AUGGAGUUGGCCAGACCUCAAGCUGUUAUGGCCACUGGUCAGAAAUGUUCGGACUUGAAGAUGGAGUUGAGUAAAGCAGAAAGGCGUAUUUUAAAGGAGAUGGUUCUCACUAACCUUAUUGGUGAUAGUACAACAUUGUGUGUGCGAUUCAAGAGUAGGGUGCUGGCUCAUCUGUACAGCCUUCCUAAAGCAAAGUACGUACCAGUCUGUACGGAUGGAGAUUCUUUUACAUUUUCUAACAAGUCAUGUAAUUCACAGUCUCAGCCAAUUCCAAAGGCUGCAGCAGAAGUCAAUCCUGAAUCUGGUGGAUCAAAGGGUGUGUUGGCCAAGCUAGCCAUUGACAAGCUGAAGGACUCUAAAGAGAGUGAUGAAAGUAUGCCUAUUGAGGGAGAGGCAAUAGAAGAUUUCAGUAUCAAAUCCAAGUCUGAACGCAAAAUGGAAUCUAGUGGCAAUAAAAGCUGGGACAGGGACAGGGAGAGAGGUAAGGAGACAGAGACAGGGAUAGAAUGA